AUGAAUUCCCGAGGAUCCGCCUUUAGUUCUAGUGCCAGUGCGCAUACAAGCCUCGGGACCCGCAUCGGAUUCAAAGAUCAAAAAGUAGCUGCAAGUUUCGACUACGCGCCCCAUUCUCUGUUAAGCAAGGUGAGGCCGCGAGUCAAUAAGGCUGAGGAAACAUGGGACAGCGCUUUCGAGACUUUGUCCCUUGAAGACGGUGGUGCUGAGGUGAAGGAGCUGAAUAUCAAGGGAAAAGAGUUGCUAGGAAAGAACACAUUUCAGGACGAAGACUUGUGGCAGAUCCAUGCUGUAGAAUAUAAAUUGGAGGCGAUACGGGAAUGGAGGUUUGAGGAAGCGAGAUGGACUAGAGAAGUGGGGACCGCAACGAGAAGGCCCUUGAUCGAAGGUACCCCGGACACCAGCUUCGCACGGGCCCGCUACGCGCCGAGGUUGUUUGGUACCCAAAAGACCAAACAAAACGAUCCAUUGCUCUCCCGCCUGCAUGGAGCACGGAAGGUGGACGCUGACGAGGGCAGAGCGAGUGUUAAGAGUGUCAUAUUCUUCAGGAAUGGAUGUCAAGCGUCCCUACAGAGCAGUGGGACAGGUGGAAUCCAAUCCGGUGUCUCUCCAAAUCGCCGGCAAGCUCUAGGAACGAGCACUGCUGUCCUUGUUCAAAGAUUAGUUGUCGCUGGUUGUAAAUCGUACAUAGCCAGGAUUCCGUAUGAAGCUAGGCUAAAUUACUACAAGGUAUAUGAAGGCUUCUAUGCCCCUGAAUUCGAUGUCGCCUACCUGUCCGCAUAUUCGCUCCCCAGUGUCGAGAUGGGAGUGAUAAAUGAAUUUCUGCGCGGUAAUAAGAAGGGAGACGUAUGGGCGUGAUAGCGUGCAAAAAAUGCGAUGAACGCAAGUUAUAUUUUUCCAGUCGCAAGUUACUUUUAAGUGCGCAAGUUCGUGUCCCCUCCCGCAAGUUAAGUGUUUUCCUAUACUGAUAUACACAUCAUCAGUUGUUGCCAUAGAUCUCUGAAUAAGAUCUGGGAGCGGUUUCGGAGCAAAACGAGAUGGCUAGACCGGCCGACAUUAUUUCAGCGAUUAGAUAUCAAGAGUUUUCCUUUGUUUCAGUGGUGGGCCAAAAUCCUCGGGCAUUAAGUUUUGAUUUCUUCUACCUUAGCUAUUUAUU